GAAUAUUAAUUUAUUAUGGUUUUGGGCGCAACGAGAUCUGCUGAUCUACCUCUCAUAUUUGAUAAGCUGCAGCGACCACCGUCAGCAUUCCAUACAUACAUUGCAUGCAAACAAAAAGCAGUGUAUAAACACACACACUGAAGCUUCAUCUUCCAAUCCCUCAAUCUCACCUCAAAACGCGAGACUCCGAUGCCGUUUUGAUCGGAUCCAAUUCGGUUCCCGAUGGGUCACGUGAACCUCCCCGCAUCGAAGCGCGGCGGCGCCGCCCGCAAGUGUCGCGUCCUGGACCUGGUCUCCGCCGCCUUCUUCGGCCUCGUCUUCCUCUUCUUCGUGCUCGUCUUCACGCCCAUGGGGGACUCCCUCGCCGCCUCCGGCCGCCACACGCUGCUCCUCUCCGCCUCCGAUCCGCGGCAGCGUCUCCGCGUGGCUGCCGCCAUCGAGGCCGGGCAGCCGCGCGUGGUGGAGGCGUGCCCCGCCGCCGACGCCGACCACAUGCCGUGCGAGGAUCCGAGGCUGAACAGCCAGCUGAGCAGGGAGAUGAAUUACUACCGCGAGAGGCACUGCCCGCCGCUCGAGAACACGCCUCUCUGCCUCAUUCCGCCGCCCAAGGGCUACAAGGUCUCCGUCCAGUGGCCCGAGAGCUUGCACAAGAUAUGGCACAGCAACAUGCCAUACAACAAGAUUGCUGAUAGGAAAGGUCACCAGGGAUGGAUGAAGCUUGAAGGCCCUUACUUUAUAUUCCCUGGAGGUGGAACAAUGUUUCCAGAUGGAGCAGAGCAGUAUAUUGAAAAACUUGGUCAAUACAUUCCAUUGAGUGGCGGUGUUCUGAGGACUGCUCUUGAUAUGGGAUGUGGGGUUGCUAGUUUUGGAGGAUAUUUACUAGCUCAAAACAUAUUAACCAUGUCUUUUGCUCCAAGAGAUUCACACAAAUCACAGAUACAAUUUGCACUUGAAAGAGGAGUACCAGCUUUUGUUGCCAUGCUUGGAACUCGCAGACUCCCAUUUCCUGCUUUUGGCUUUGACUUAGUCCAUUGUUCUCGGUGUUUAAUCCCUUUUACAGCCUACAAUGCAACUUAUUUUAUUGAAGUGGACAGAUUACUUCGCCCUGGUGGAUAUUUAGUCAUCUCUGGUCCCCCUGUUCAGUGGCCUAAACAAGAUAAAGAAUGGUCAGAUCUCCAGGCUGUGGCAAGAGCUUUGUGUUAUGAACUGAUUGCCGUAGAUGGUAACACUGUGAUCUGGAAAAAGCCAGCAGAGGAGACGUGUCUCCCCAACCAAAAUGAAUUUGGUCUAGACUUGUGCGAUGAUUCAAAUGACCCAAGUUUUGCUUGGUACUUCAAAUUGAAGAAAUGUGUCACUAAGAUAUCUUCUGUCAGAGGUCAAUAUGCUAUUGGCAUGAUUCCCAAGUGGCCAGAAAGGCUAACUGCUCCCCCACCAAGGUCCACAGUCCUGAAAAAUGGUGCUGAUGUAUAUGAGGCUGACACGAAGCGAUGGGUAAGGAGGGUUGCAUACUAUAAGAAUUCUCUCAAAAUAAAGCUGGGGACUCCAGCAGUACGCAAUGUUAUGGACAUGAAUGCAUUUUUUGGGGGAUUUGCGGCAGCACUAAAUUCUGAUCCUGUGUGGGUAAUGAAUGUUGUUCCAUCUCAAAAGGCAUCAACUCUUGAUGCGAUCUUUGACAGAGGUCUUAUUGGAGUCUAUCAUGAUUGGUGCGAACCUUUCUCAACAUAUCCUCGCACCUAUGAUCUGAUCCAUGCGGCAAGCAUUGAAUCACUUAUAAAAGAUCCAGCCUCUGGGAAGAACAGAUGUAACCUUGUAGAUUUGAUGGUGGAACUCGAUCGAAUUUUACGCCCAGAAGGCACUUUUGUGGUGAGGGAUACCCCUGAAGUAAUUGAAAAAGUAGCUCGUGUUGCCCGUGCCGUGAGGUGGAGGCCUACAAUUUAUAGUAAAGAACCUGAAUCACAUGGCCGGGAGAAAAUCCUAGUUGCAACCAAGACCUUGUGGAAGCUCUAAUUCUCUUCGCACUCACAUAGCUGUGUAAUUUAGGUAAAAUUUUCUUCUCACUGUUUUGGGGAUGAGGUAUUCAAGGCUAUCUUCUCUCUGCAUCAAAGGGAUGUGGUUUCCUUUCCUGUUCAGUGUUUAUAUAAAGAGAAAGUAAGGUUAGGAUCCGAGAUAACGAAAAGAUGUGAGACUUUGUGCAGUUUUAUAUGGAAAGCACAAGCCAGUGUUAUAUUUUCUCUUAGCCAUAUGGAUCUUUUGUAAUUCAGUGCUUUUAUUUAUCAUUGCUUAUUUAUUGAAAACAGCCAUCAAUGAUCUAAUGGGCUAUUAACUUUUGUUCUAA